CCCCCCCCCCCUUCCGACCCCCCCCGAAACAGGACGGCCCUGCCUGGGGGGGCGUGCGUGUGUCUCCAGGACCCCCCCGCAGCACGUCGCUUCGAGAGAUCCAGAAUCAGCAAGGAUUCACACCGACAGCCAUUUCCUGGUCUGGACCGCUCGGUGUGAAUGCCCCCUCUGCAAGCGGCAGGGGGGAGAAACCGAAGCUGUCCGGUAGAGCCUCCAGUGCGAACACACCCCCCUCCAGCAGUGGCCACAUGGCGGCCCCUCAGGGUGCCACGUGGCAGGGCCCACCACGGGCGGAGUCCUGCAGCCCCUCCACGAGCGGAGACUUUUCCAAGUGGGGGUCCAGUCCCCAGGAAAAAGGGGGCAGCUGGUCCGCUUUCACCACCCCCCCCGGACGAAACAGGCGGGCGUCCGACGGCGCAAACGUGCCCCCCCGGACCAGCCCGAUCCCGGCGCCGCCUAAGGGCGUAUUCACACCAACGAAGCCGGCCCAGUCGCGCUCUGUCCCAGCAGGGGCGGGAAUAGCGUCUGAGACCUUUGACGCGGAGGAAGGGGGGCCGCAGAGAAUCUCUUUGGCGCACUUUGUGCGGCCGGAGAAACUGUCAAAGAAGAAGGCGGCGCAGGAAGAGGUGGGGCAGAAGGGAUGGGCCGCACAAGCGGCGCCGUCGGCGGCGAUCUCGGCGUCGUCACUGCGGGACAUCCAAGAGCAGCAGGAAAAGCAGCGGCGGCAUCGAGAAGGCUUCACUGUAGGCAGCCCGGGGACGUCCCCCGCCCCCGAGCGGGCGAGCCCCGGUACCUCCCCGAGCGGUACCAUGCGGUGGUACAAACCGGACCCGGACGAACGGCCAAGUAACAUCCGGGCAAUCCAAACAGAAGAGGCGGCGAUGAAGGAACUGAGGAAGAUCUACGGGUUUGAUCAGGUGCGGCUGGUGACGAGUAAGGGGGAGCGAUGACGGCGGU